AUGGAGAAUCUGCCUGCGGACUACUGGGUGACAAGUUUGCAAUUCACCCCUCACACUUAUCAAGAUGUCUACCCAUCUAUUGAGCCUUCCAAUCCGAAGCUCUCCCUCGCCGGAAAAGUCGCCAUUCUCACCGGGGCGAGUCGUGGACUGGGUUCAAAGGCAUUCGGUCCAGCAUUCGUCAAAGCAGGUGUCAAGGCCGUCGUGCUUGUCGCAACCAACGCGGACAAGCUGAGGACAGUAGAGGCAAACCUGAAAUCUAUCAACCCCGACCUGGAGACAUUGGUCGUGGCCGCCAAUAUCGCCGAUACAGCAUCAGUUGCUUCUCUGUUUGAGCAAGUGAAGGCUCGAUUCGGCCACGCCGACAUUCUGAUUAACAAUGCUGGUGUGAUUAGCGGGCCUGGCUUGAUUGCGGACGCGGACCCUGAUCAGUGGUGGGUAAACUUUGAAAUCAAUACAAAGGGCGCGUUCCUGCUCGUGCAAGGUUUCUUAAAGCUUCUCCCAUCCUCUGACACGCCAGCAUUCGUCCUGAACUUGACGACAAGCGGGGCCUGGAAAGUGCUACCUGAAGUCACGGGAUAUACGAUCAGCAAGCUUGCGGCACAGAAGUUGAUGACGGACUUGGCGGCCACGUAUCCUAAUGUUACCUCCGUGGCGAUGCAUCCUGGCCUUCUGGAGACAGAUAUGCUCCUAGACGCAUUCCGCAAAUUCAAUCUUGACACUCCAGAGCUAGUGGGCGGCACCGCUGUGUGGCUGGCCAGCGAAGAAGCCAAAUUCCUGAGCGGGAAGACCAUUGCAGCAAAUUGGAGCGUUGACGACCUCGUUGCAAGGAAGGAAGAAAUAGUGAAGGACGGUCUACUGAACAUUGAUCUGAAGGGAAAAUUUGGUAAGGAACAAUUUGAAUAG